CUGUCUCUAUCCUUACCUGUCUCUCCCCCUUUUUAUUUCCUUUCUUUUAACAAGAGCAAAGGUUGUUCUCUGUGGCUGGCAGUGCAGUACUCUCUCUAUAUAAGCAGCAAGCUGCAACGAACAAGCUGAGGAGGAGAAAGAAAUUUAUAACAAGGUUGAGGAAGAAACGGAAAGAUGACAAGGAAGAGAAUAGAGAUAAAGAAGAUAGAAAACCUGAGCGCGAGGCAAGUGACCUUCACAAAGAGGAGAAGAGGGCUCAUCAAGAAAGCUCACCAGCUCUCUACCCUCUGCGAUGCCGAGAUCGCCCUCAUCAUCUUCUCUUCCACCGGCAAGCUCUUCGAGUUCUCCAGCUCUAGUAUUGAACAGGUAAUCGAGAGGCAUAUCAAUCUGCAAUCAGAGAAAAGGCUCAACCCCUCUUCUCAGCAACGGGUAGAUGAUAUCCAAUGUGCCUUAAGGAAGGAUCUCACUGAUAGGGCUCGCGAGCUAAGGCACUUGAGGGGGGAAGAUCUACAUGAAUUGAAUCUUGAUCAACUGAAUCAACUUGAGAAGUCACUCGAAGCCGGUCUGCUCCGUGUGUCAGAAACCAAGGCCGGAAGGAUCAUGAACGAGAUCAGUGCCCUAAAAAAAAAGGGAGUACAGCUUCUGGAAGAGAACAAGCAGCUGAAAAUGAUGGUGCAAAUGCAGGAAGCAAAGAGAGUUCCUCGAAAUAACCAUUUGUCAGGAGAUUAUGAUCACUCGUCCGCUUAUUCCAAUAACAACUUUGAUACAUCUCUCAAGCUGGGAACGCGAUUCCCCCCAUUGAAUGUGCGGGGGGCCCGUGGGACAUUGUGGCAUCCGAUGGUUGCCUUUCCCACAGUAGAUUGUCAGAUCAAUGACGUAUUCCAUUUGCAAUUGAAAAGUGUCCUUCAACAAUGCGUCAAUAGAAGGAUUACUAUCCGGUCAUUAUCUCAUCGACAUGUAUUCAUAAGUCCCAUAAAUAUAUCAAUAAUUUCCUAGAGUUGUACUGUUUGUCACGGUUUAAACAGGUCUCAGAUGUUAUUUAUCAUUAUCGGUCGUUAUUAUGAUGCCAAGAUGGAUCUCACAUGCAUCCUUUUAAUUGA